UUUAUUUUUAUUAGGUAUUGAGGUCUAAUUCAAUAAUCAUCGUUUUCAAUUUAAGUAACAUUCCUGCAAAUUAUUUAAAAGGAAAAAUGGGACCCCUAAGGAUAAGUUUCAUCGGUGCCGGAAACAUGGCCCAGGCGCUGGCCAAAGGCCUCAUAGCGUCAGGCGUGACGCAGGCGUCCAACAUCACAGCGGCCUCACCUGUAGCUGACCUGCACUUACUGCAGCAGAUGCAGGAGAUGGGGUGCAAAGUGAGUCACAGCAACACGGCAGUGACGUCUAGCAGCGUACCGCUGGCGCUGCUGGAGAGGACGCUGGGGCGGGGGCGGCGCGUGGUGCGGGGCAUGCCCAACACGCCUGCCCUGCUACAGGCUGGGGCAUCCGUCUACUGCAGGGGCGCCUGGGCAACCGACGCUGAUGCCCAUCUCACACACACUUUGCUGUCGUCGGUAGGCGACUGUUAUGAAGUGCCGGAAAAAUUCAUGAACGCAGUCACGGCUCUCAGUGGCGCUGGUCCAGCGUACGCAUUUCUGAUGAUCGAGGCGCUGGCGGACGGGGGUGUUAGAGAAGGUCUGCCCAGAGCGCUGGCCAUCAAGCUGGCCGCCAAGACCUUGCUGGGCGGAGCACGGAUGGUCCUUGAGUCCGACUCCCACCCCGGCGCUCUGAAGGAUGCUGUCUGUUCCCCAGGCGGUUGCACGAUUGCUGGCGUUUCUGCGUUGGAAGGAGCCGGGGUGCGUGGAGCUCUUAUCAACGCAGUGACGCAAGCCACACUGCGCGCGCAACAGCUCGCAGAUGUUGCCAACACUUCCAGUAAAAACGAGCGUCGGGUGACUCAAGAUGCAGUUGACAAUAUAGUCAAAGUUGAGAACUGAUGUAAUUUGUGAUGAAAUUAGUAGUACGGGACUUGUAUUCUGACCACCCUCUUGCGUUUCAAUGAGAUUCGUUUGUGCAUUUGUAGCUUGAUUGAAUUUUAUUGUGGUAUACAAAUUGGAUCUCAAACGCAGGCAUAUUAUCGCAAAUAAAUAUUUUAAUAUUUUGAAUAUUUUUCCGAUAACUACGCGGGUGUUUUUAUUGAAUUUGCUAGUAGCAGCUAAAAGGAUACGUGAGGCGUGUUUAUCAUUACGUGGAAUGUUGUGGUACACAGCCUUAGAAGUGCAGUAGAUAUAAUAAAUAAUAUUAGUUUACGACUCAUGUUAAAAUUUCUGUUUAGCAUAAUCGCACGAUCAAAACUUUAAAUUUAGAAUGCAACCGCAUAAUUAGUUAUUUUGAAUAUGCCUAUCAAUAUAAAUUCUUCAUAAAUGAAGAUCAAAAGUUGUUUGCUCCUCAUAAAGACAAAGUUCAAUUUAUUCAGCCAUAAUAAGAUACAGAUUCUAUUCUUUUUCCAAAGGAGCGUCGUUUUCAUACGUUAAAUCUUUCUCAAAAUGAUGAGUACUUGAAACACCUUAAUGCCGUACAUUUUCAAUCAUUUUUAAUAUAAAUUAAAAUUUUCAAAUUCAUUUCAUUU